AUGAGAAGCUACAAAUCUGAAUUCAAAUCCGAAUUGCCUGAAAGUGAUUUCAAAAUGGAAUUUCCUUCAUGGUUCAAAGAAAGGAUUUAUCGUCUCCAAAAAGAUAUGCCUUUGGACUGUACUGAUGAAUUAAAAGCGUUGGCAUAUGGUCCGUUGCAUGCAUAUUCUUACACUGCGUGCAUAGUAAAUGGUGUUCGAUUUGUAGCGAAUAGCCGUGAUCUCCGACGCACUACUCAAAAUAGUGGAGUUGUUACAUUCGGAGAAGACGAAGUAGUUUAUCACACCACACCCACAACCUACGUUGAAACAACCACUGUCGUGGAGGUCGGGCAUGAGACCAUCGAGCAGUCGGAUCGUGGAAUGUUUUAUAUUUUCGGCAACAAAGAAGAAGAGACAAAGUUUGAUGACGAACAGCAAGUUCUGAAGGUUAAAUCCGAGAAGUUAAAGCAGGAUUUGCUCGACUUUAUACAGGGUCAUACGAAUUCCAGUAGUUCAAAUGUGAUCCAGCACAAGACAUCUGUACCAAUGCAGAAAUACGAAGAAGAAACUCAUGUUGUCCAAUCAACGGAGAAAAAGGGUUUCAUCGAAAAGAUCAAAAGUGAUCACCAGGACAAGACGUCUGUACCAAUCCAGAGAGGCGAUGAAACUCAUGUUGUCCAAUCAAAGGAGAAAAAGGGUAUCAUCGAAAAGAUCAAAGACAAACUCCAUGACAGCCCAAUCGAAAAGAUCAAGGAGAAACUUCCCGGCCACCACAAGAAGGCGGAGGAGGUGCAUGCUGCUCAUCCACCAUCACCUGCGGUGGGGGCACACGCCCAUGAAGGUGAGCAUAAGGAGAAAAAGGGUAUUUUUGAGAAAAUAAAAGAUAAAAUCCCGGGGCAUCAUCAAAAGAGUGAGGAAGAAAAGAGAGGAAAAUGAAACGGAAAAGAAAAAGGAAGAGCAUUUGUUACUUGAUUGCGAGGUCGCGGCUCAGGUAUGAGUGCGAUUACUUAUAUCAUAUGCAAAUGCAAAUGCAAAUGGAAAAGGUUACGCAAAUGGGUUUGUGGGUUUAUAUAACGUUUUCUUUCUUUUGGCUUUUUUUUUUUUUUUUUUUUUUUGGUGCUUCAAAAUAAGUGUU